CCAGGAUCCGGAGGACCCGCAGUCGGAGCUCAUGAAGGCUCUGGGCCUCUCCGGCAAGGACAAGAAGAAGGAUAAGGAUUCUGACAUCAUGAAGGCGCUGGGCCUCGCUGGCAAGGAUAAGGAGAAGGAGAAGGACUCAAACUCGGCCCUCAUGAAGGCGCUGGGCCUCGGUGGCAAGGACAAGGAGAAGGAGCAGGACCCCAACUCGGCCCUCAUGAAGGCGCUGGGCCUCGGUGGCAAGGAUGACGCCAAGGCCAGCGCAAAAGAUGACGACGAGGAGGACGAGAGCCAGGGAUGGCUCAAGACUCUGCAGGACCACCUGAAGAAGGCAUCCGAGGGCAAGCACGUCAAGGGUGCCGCAGAGGACCUGCACAAGAAGGCCGAUUUCGCCCCGGAGGCCGAGGGGCGAGGCAUCAGCAAGGAGGAGCGCAAGGCGCUGCAACAGCAGAUCGCCGCGCUGAAGAAGCAGAGCGAGGAAGCCGAGCUGAAGGC